GACCCAAAAAAACAAAAAUCGAUACGAUAUUUUUUUUUACAGAGAGACCAUUGAUUCUUAAAGAGACGUGUACGUAGAGGAGAGGUGUAUAUAUUAGAAGAAGAAACAUAAAGAAAGAGAAAGAGAGAGACAAGUAGUGACCUUUUUGUGUUUGGUUUUGGUGGCCUCUGUUGGAUUUGGUUUGGACUAUCUUCACGAGAUACUCCUCAUCUUCCCGCCUCUACUCUCCUUUGAAUCUCUUUCUCUUCUUCCUUACCCUUUUAAGUGGAGAUAGAGACAGAGAGAGAGAGGGAGAGUGAGGCAGGAGAAGUAAUGUGUAUGUGAGUGAUUGUUUUGUUGUUAGACAAAUAAAAAAAUGGAUACACCGCAAAAGAGUAUUACCCAGAUCGGGACUCCUGUUUCUAAACUCAAAUCCGAGGAUUCGCCAGUGUUUAAUUAUAUAUGUAAUCUCUCUCCAAUCAAGACUCUCAAAUCAAUCCCAAUCGCUCAAACUUUAAGCUCUCUCAAUUUCACAUCUCCACCUUCUGUUUUCAGUUCUCCUCAUGCUGUUUCUCACAAAGAGUCUCGUUUCAGAAGUCAAAUUAACAAAGAUGUGGCUGCUUCCGUUGGAGAAGAAGUAGAAGAAGAAGCUUUGAUUGGAAACGAACCGUCACAGAACGUUAAGAAUGAUUUUAGUACUCCCAAAGUGAGUAAUGAUGUGAGAGGAGGAGGCAAUGGUAGUUGUGAAGAUGGUGGAAUGGAUCUGCUGAAGAUUUGUGACAAUGUCAAGAAGAAAAGUGAUACUCCAGAUUGGGAAACUCUUAUUGCUGCUACGACAGAACUGAUCUAUGGCUCACCUAGUGAGUCAGAGGCUUUUAGUUGCUUGUUGAAGAGAAGAUCUAACUCUGGAGCUCGUGUACGUGGUGGUGGUGGUACAAUGUCAACGUCGGCGCCUGUUUCGAGUACUGUUGUAGGCAACAAUGAAACUGAGUCCUUUGAUGCGAAUUCGAUCUUGCAUCGUGGUGUGAGAAGACGUUGUCUAGACUUUGAGGUUCCAGGGAAUAAUCAGCAAACAUUGGGCGAAUCUUCAUCAAGUUGUGUAGUACCUAGCAUUGGUCUGCAUCUUAACGCUAUUGCAAUGUCCUCUAAGGAAAACAAUAAUGUUCCUAAUGAGUACUCAUUGUCCGGUAACGUUAAAGUGGGUUUGCAAAGUUCUACCUCUCCGGUUCUUCACUCGCAGCAAGAUGCAGUUCAAGCUGUAGAAGAGUUUCCAAAAUCUUUAGCUUUAGUUAAAAUGAAGCCAGCAAGUCCGAAGAAGAAAAGGCGUAAGUCUGAACAAUCAGGAGAAGGCGAGUCGUCAUGUAAACGAUGCAACUGCAAAAAAUCCAAGUGUUUGAAGCUUUACUGUGAAUGCUUUGCUGCUGGAGUUUAUUGCAUAGAGCCAUGUUCAUGUAUAGAUUGCUUUAAUAAACCUAUUCAUGAAGAUGUCGUCCUGGCUACUCGCAAACAGAUUGAAUCCCGCAAUCCACUUGCAUUUGCUCCUAAAGUCAUAAGAAACUCAGAUUCCAUCAUUGAAGUUGGUGAUGAUACAAGCAAAACUCCAGCUUCAGCGCGACACAAACGAGGCUGUAACUGCAAGAAAUCAAACUGUUUGAAGAAAUAUUGUGAAUGCUAUCAGGGUGGAGUUGGCUGCUCCAUAAACUGUAGAUGUGAAGGAUGUAAAAAUGCAUUUGGCAGAAAAGAUGGAUCUUUGUUCGAACAAGACGAGGAAAACGAAGUGUCUGGUAAAAGGGUAACAGCGAAAACACAACAGAAUGCUGAGUUGUUUAAUCCUGUUGCUCCACCUUCAACACCAAUACCAUAUAGGCAACCACUGUCUCAACUGGCCAUCUCAUCCAACAAUAGACUACUUCCUCCAGUAUCACAUUUUCAUCAUGGAGCUUCUGGAUCAUCUUCUUCUGGGAUAUACAACAUCAGAAAGCCAGACAUGAGUAUGGUUUCUCAUUCAAGGAUUGAGACAAUCACAGAAGACAUUGAUGAUGAUGAUGAUAUGCCUGAGAAUCUUCUAAACCAUUCUCCAAUGACUAACAUGAAAGCUGUGGUAUCUCCCAACAGCAAAAGGGUGUCUUUGCCUCAUCUUGAUUCAUCAGAGGAGACCCCAUGGAGAAGAAAUGGUGGCAGGAAGCUGAUACACUCGAUCCCAUCGUUUCCUUCUCUCACUCCACACCAUUAGAAGAAUUCUUUGAAUCUUUGAAAAUGUGUGAAGAAUGUCAACUUCUAGUUGGUAGUUUAACUUACACUGUUACGCACAACAUACGCAAACUUUUGAUAGAUUAGUUUUUUUUUUUUUUGUUAAAGACUUUUGAUAGAUUAGUUCUAGAGCGCAGUUACGUUUGUUUCGUGGUGAAACAAAAAUGUGAGAUUAUUUUUCAAUAUGUUCACAACAUUCGUCAACCAUAUGUGUAUAGUCAGGUACAGAAAAACCUAUAUA